GGCAACUCUCAGCGGCUCAUGGCUUUGUCUGCGAAUGGUGCAGACCCGGAUCCCACAUGCAAACGACUGCAUUCAAGAUCAGUGGAAUCUGCUGCUAUGGUCCCAGACUCCAGCGUCUUAUAAUUUUGCCUCUCCUGCCUCCUUCCUUUUUUUGACAAGCGGUGAAGCCAUCUUUCCCGAAAGGCCACUUUGUGUCCCUCAUGUCUAAGCUUGACCUCCGUGGAUCCCUUGCGGACUUCACAACAAUGUCCUUCAUUUUCAACUGAUGAGUCUUUGCUGCCAUUAUUUUUUAAAAUUCUUUUUUCCCUGAAAAUGUCCACCGUGCAUCUGCAGCACCGGGCAGCGGGACUCAGCGUGGCCGAGAAAGCCAUGUGCCAACUGGUCCACCUGGGACCCCGGCCGCGCUCUUCUCUACGCCCUCUUCGCUCGGAGCUCGGACUUUACGUGGAGAGGAUUCACAGCCUGCGGAAGAACAGGAUGGAGGCGUCCUGUCUGGAGCUGGCGCUGGAAGGAGAACGCCUGUGCAAAUGCGGAGACUUUAAGGGGGGCACAGCCUUCUUUGAGGCAGCGGUCCAGGUUGGUACAGAAGACUUGAAGACGCUGAGCGCCAUCUACAGCCAACUGGGCAAUGCCUACUUCUACCUGAAAGAAUAUGCCAAAGCCUUGGAGUACCAUCGCCAUGACCUCAUGCUGGCCAGGACGAUUGGCGAUCGUAUCGGAGAAGGAAAGGCCAGUGGGAACCUGGGGAACACUUUGAAAGCCCUGGGACGGUUUGAAGAAGCAGCGGUGUGCUGUCAGAGACACCUCGAUAUUUCCCGUGAGCUACAUGAUAAGGUGGGAGAGGCACGGGCACUGUAUAACACUGGGAAUGUGUACCAUGCCAAAGGAAAACAGCAGUCAUGGAGCUGUACCCAAGAUCCUGGGGACCUGCCACCUGAAGUGCAUGACACCCUCGAGAAAGCCACCGAUUUCUACAAGAUGAACUUAUCCCUGGUGAAGGAGCUUGGAGAUCGGGCGGCACAAGGCAGAGCCCUGGGAAACCUUGGAAACACCCAAUACCUGCUGGGGAACUUCACCGAGGCGAUUGCCUUUCACCGAGAGCGCCUCUCCAUUGCAAAGGAGUUUGGGGACCGAGCUGCUGAGCGAAGAGCCUACAGUAAUCUAGGCAAUGCUCACAUCUUCCUGGGGCAGUUCAGUGUGGCUACUGACUAUUACAGGAAGACUCUGCAGUUGUCUCGGCAGCUCAAAGACCAGGUGAUGGAAGCUCAGGCCUGCUACAGCUUGGGGAACACGUACACGCUGCUGCAGCAGUACGAGAAGGCGGUGGACUAUCACCUCAAGCACCUGUGCAUUGCCCAGGAGCUGGCAGACAGGGUGGGGGAAGGACGCGCCUGCUGGAGUUUGGGGAACGCCUAUGUGUCUCUGGGGAACCACCGCAAAGCCCUGCAGUUUGUCAGGAAGCAUCUGGAAAUCUCCUGUGAGAUCGGAGAUCGCAAUGGAGAGCUAACGGCCCGCAUGAACCUCGAGCAGCUCCUGGCAGCCCUGGGAUUGUCUGAAAGUGACCUGUCACCCUGCGGAUCGGAGACAGAAGUGCAAGGUGCGCGGCCCAAAAUCCCCAAGAGAAACAGCAUGGACAACGUCAACUUAUGGAACUACUCAUCUGAGAAGGAUGAGAAUGGUGACAGCCAUCAUCUAGAAGAGUCUCCGAGCCGAACCCAGUGUCAUCUGUCUGGGCGAAUUAAAUCUAAAGGCUUUGAUGACAGCCAACCAGCGGAGGUGAAGAACUGGCUGGACCAGAGAGCUUCACCAGUGGGUACCAAUGACAUCAGAGUUCAAGUAACCCCGUCGAAGAUCAGCCGUGACCCAUCGGAUGAAGAAUGCUUUUUCGACCUCCUCAGUAAAUUCCAGAGCAAUCGCAUGGAUGACCAGCGCUGUCCUUUGGAUGAGCAGCAGAAUGGCACUGAGGGAGCAUCCUCCAACCAGGUGUCUCCUCUUGAAGGUGGGACUGUGCCAUCCUCCCUGAUGACGUCCCCCCAGACAGAGGAGUUCUUCGACCUGAUUGCCACUUCUCAGAGUCGCCGCUUAGAUGAUCAGCGUGCCAAUGUUAGCAACCUGCCGGGACUCCGAAUAACUGAGAAUAACCUGGGACACCUCUGUGGGGACACGGACGCCCAGGAGCCCAGUGACGAGUUCUUUAACAUGUUGAUGAAGUGCCAGUCUGCUAGAAUUGAUGACCAGCGCUGCUCCCCGCCUGAUCCAGGACCCCGGGCUCCCACUGUCCCCGACGAGGACUUUUUCAGCCUCAUUCAGCGUGUUCAAGCCAAGCGAAUGGACGAGCAGCGUGUCCACCUCGCUUUAGACGAAUCAGAAGAUUCUCCUGGAGAACAAGAUUCCUCCCCUCCCUCAAGCUUGAGUUAAAAUUGUUGUCCUGCCUCAUCAUUUUUCUGGAAAAGGGAACCCCCCUCCCCAGCCCCUCCCCAUACCCCCCCAAGUGACUUGAUCAAUGUGUUAAUAUACUGGGAAUAAACCAAGCACCAGCAUCAGCAACCGAACAAACUGGACCAAGCUUUGGGAAUCAAUCUCCUGGUUUCCACCAAAGAACCCCGUGAUUUGAUUGCACUGACAGGGUCCCGAGCCUCACCUUGAAGUCCACGCUGACCGUCAGACCCUUGUGCUGCAGCGGGCUGGUGUGUGCGUCUCCCAGCUAACAGAUGAGCGGGCGUUACGACUUCGUAUUGAAUUUGGACUUGUGUGUGAGGGAAGACUGGGUUUUGCAGGCUAUGGAAAGCAUUACUGGGGGUCUGCCUCACGCCCAUCUACUCCUUCCUCCUCUAGCUCUGGUUUUUCCAGGUUUCCUUCACCUUGAGUGGGUUUCAGGAUGCGUUUAUGGCUAUCAGUAAUCAGUCGGCUGAUUUGUUUGACAUUGAAAGUUGUGCUGGAGUGCAUUGGGAUCAGACAAGGUUACCAUCUUCAUAGCUGCUGUAGGAGAAGCACUAAACGACUUUGUUACGUUUCCAACACGUGGUGCACGUUUGUUCAUGUGGUUAUGGAAGGAGAUACUGGGCAGAAACAUUUAUCUCAUGUAGAAGUUUUACGGUGUCGUCAUCGUGUGAAGUGUCUGUCCACUAACUGGCCAAGGAGCGACCUUCACACCACGUCCAUUUGUUGAAGUCCACCUCUCCAGUACCGAGGCCUGAAUGAUUUCUAAUAGAUUCAGUGAGUAGGAGGUGCUGCCUGAAGCGUAGGAGUUUUAAGUAUUUUGGGGGGUCUUUACCUGUGAGGAAAGAUGGGACCAAGAGAUUGACCGAUGGAUCGUGCGGGGUCUGCAGUCACACGUGGUGAAGAGAGACCACUGAGCUCUCCAUUUACCUAGUGACCUGCCUGCCUACACUUUACCUGUGGGCCGUGAAUGUUGGGUAAGUGACCAGAAGAACGAGGUUAUAGAAACAAGCAGCGGAAGUGAGCUUCCUUCUCCAAUUGUCCGCCCUCGGCCUUAGAGUUAGAUUGAGGAGAGCAGACAGUCGGGAGAAUCUCAAAGUCGAAAAGGGCUACUGGAGGAGGGUGGGACAUCUGAGCAGGAUGUCUUCCUGGACGCCUCCUAAGGUUUUGGGGCGUGGCCAACCAGGAGGAGACCACCGGGAAGACCCCGGACAUGCUGGAGAGAUGAUAUCUCCCUCCCAGUUGGCCUGGGAACACCUUGGUGUCCUGGAGGAGUUGGUGGGCAAUAGAGACAUCUGGGAGUCUUUGGAUGGAUGGAUGGUGGAAAUGUUCCUUAGGGUUUUUGGUUCCUGCUGACUUGACAGUCUCAUGCUGUUCCCACGGACUCCCCUCAUCGGAAAGGCACUCUAUUGGUGCUAGGAUUGAGUUUCAUUUUCAGGGUCAUGUGAUAGGUACCAACCAAUCAGACCACAAUUAGGAGUCGGCGUUUUUCAAAACUCUCCAUUGUCCCCUCUUUCUUAUCAAUUGGACGCUCGUUUUGGGUUUUUUUUUUUUUUCUUGAGUUGGGUGGCGACUCUCCUUCAUCAUUUCGGAGGCCAUUGUAAUGUGCAGUCAUGUAGUCUGACAUCCCCAGUCACUCAGUCCAACCAGUCUGUGGCUCGCACUUUGAAAGAAACAAACAGACUGAGUUUUGUCUCAUGUCGGAUGGGUGGGCUUGGUGUGGGUGAGAGUCAAGUUGACUAGGCACCAUCCUAAAAGGGCUCCAAAACCCUUCCAUGAGCCCCCCAGACCCCCGGUUCCAGAGAUGUCUACCCAUCACAUCAAGAAAUGCAAAUUUUUCUUGUUUUGGUGAUUCUCUAGGUGGAUCUCAAUCUUCUUCAUGAGUUUCAAUCUCAAUCUUGAUUAUCCAUCUUCUUUUUCUAACUCCUAACCCCCUCGAUACCCCCCAAAUGAUGAUAUCCCUUACGGGAUGUCAGCUGCCUUGAUAAGUCCACUCCAUCUUUGCUUAUCCUGUCACCCUCCACUAGACCCCCCCCCCUUUCUCCCUCAAUCAACAUCCUCCCCCUUAACUUUAUGUUAUAUCCCCUUUUCUCCUCCUCAUCCCAUUCCCCUUCUUCCUCCUUAUCCUGUCCCCCUUUUUCCUCCUCAUCCCAUUCCCCUUCUUCCUCCUCCCUUUCC